AUGGGCUCAAUCGCACUCUCCGACCCUCUGUUCGAAUCCGUUCGCCUGGGAGCUUUGACUCUCAAGCAUCGUGUAGUGCUGGCACCAUGCACACGGAUGCGAGCGACCAAGGAGUCCGAGGGCGUGUACGUCCCCAAUGAUCUCAAUGUCGAGUAUUAUUCUCAGCGCGCCUCGGAAGGAGGCUUUAUGUUGACGGAGGCAACUCCGAUUAGCAGACUUGCUGCUGGUUAUCCAGGUGUGCCUGGCAUAUUUACUGCCUCUCAGAUCGCCGGCUGGAAGAAAGUCACAGAUGCCGUGCAUGGGAAGGGUGCGUUUAUUUACUGUCAAUUGUGGCACGUUGGCCGCGCUACCGUUUCCUCAUUGCUGGAGGGAAAGGACGUUCUUGGGGCGAGUGAUAUUCCCAUCAGCGGAAACGCACUCGAUGGAUCCGAGUACGCAGCUUCGCCACCCCGGCCUAUGACGGUCGAGGAGAUCCAAGAAACAGUGCAGGAGUAUGUUUCUGCCGCACAAAGAGCGCGUGAGGCAGGUUUCUAUGGUGUUGAGGUGCAUGGCGCAAACGGAUACCUACUCGACCAAUUCCUGCACGACAAUGUCAACACCCGCACUGAUGAGUACGGCGGCAGCAUUGAAAACAGAUCUCGCAUCAUCCUAGAGGUACUGCAAGCUGUCAGCGCUGGGAUCGGAGCCGACCGGGUUGGUAUCCGUCUAUCCCCAUACAAUUAUUUCCAAGAUACACGCGACUCCAACCCCAACGCUCACUGGGCCAAGUUAUGCUCCUUGAUCGCGGGACUCCCAGAGGAGUCGCGGCCCGCUUAUGUGCAUAUGGUCGAGCCUCGAUUCGACGAGGUGAUGGACGAAACGUCCAAGAUUGACUCUCUAGCCACGGACAGGCCAUCAUUGGACGUGUUCCGACCGACGCUGAAGAAAGGAGGGAUUUCAUUUUUGGCGGCCGGAAACUUCAAUCCGGAGAAUGUGGGGGCUAAGCUCGUCAGCAAUGGUGCAGAUGCUGUUGUGUUUGGUCGUUAUUUCAUCUCGAACCCGGAUCUGCCACGGCGGUUGAAGGAGGGUUUGCCCCUGACUCCGUAUGAUCGCACGACGUUCUAUGGCGCCGAUCCUGCCGAAAAGGGAUAUAUCGACUAUCCUUUCCAUAGCAAAUAUAUACGGGGUAGAGACACUGUCAUUGUUGAGAUUCGGAUCAACAUGUCGGAUUUUGGGUAA